AUGACUGUGUCAGUGUACACUGUCCUCUUCAUCUCGGUUUUGGUCAUCACAAAGUUAUCUGCUUCUGCAAAAUCUGUGGAAUGGUUGCAAGAAAACAAGGUGCAACCAAAUAAUUUUAACCCAAAGAAGCCUGACCUACCAGUAAAAGCAAUGGCUUCACUGUUAUUCAAUCAUUACCCACUUUUGGAUGACAAAUUAAACCCAGAAGUCUUCGUCAUAACGGAUUUGGGUUAUAAAUCAGACUGGAAAAUCAUUCAAGAUCAUCUAAAUUUUGCCAACCAAAGUCUGCUCAAAUCCACUCCACCAUUGAAAGCCACAGUGAAACAGCCACCUUAUUUUGUAAUCAAAGGUGCGGGCAAAUCAGAAUUAUCUGACAAUAUACAGCAGACUGAGACAACAGAGGCUCGAAGAGGUUCUGGUGAUAUGGAAGGUAUAAGCAAAUUUCCUGUAACCAGGAGAGAUUUUGACAGCUUCAACAUUUGCCACAAGAAUGUUCUUCCCCAUGCAAGAUGA